GGCGAAGCGCGCUUUUUACAAAACCGCUGUCCAGGAAGUUGACUCACUGCGGUGUAAAAGGACAUAACAAGGGAUAUUUAAACCUGUACAAAACGCCUGGAAAACCAUUUGGAAUUAAUUGUAUUAGAAGAACUUUAUUGGAAGCACAGAAGGAAGUAACAGAGGCUCUUUUCUAUUUGAAAUUGCUCUUCACACCUUGCUGUCAUUAUGGACUCCUCUCCAGUCCUUCGUCAGCAAAGUCAAAACAAAAUACGCAGUGACUUCAACAGAACAAAGAAUGACUAUAACAAAAUGCCAGCGCACCCAAAGCCUUCUGAAGGCCUUUCUGCACCUCACCUUUCCAACCAGAAUAUUGAGAACCUGGAGCCAGGAAACUCUGAAAUGGGUAGGAAGGCACCUGUGCGGCCAGGUGUUAGUAGGCUUCCAGUGCUUGCAAAGUCUCUCUGUCUUCCGACUUCGUCUGACUUCACUAAAUCUCACUAUAGGUGGGAGGAGAAACCUCUGGCUGGGAAAACUAAGAAGAAAAAGCCAAGCACCAGGCCUGUACCUUUCAACCUGUCUCAGCCCAAGAGCUCAAGAAUGGCAACUGAAGAUCAACAGCCCCUCACCCCUUUACAAUCAAGGACCGGCACUCAUGCUGUCCGACCUGAAAACAAUGUAUGCAGUGCUCGUCUAAAAACCCAAAACAUAAGACCGAAACCUACUAAACACCCAGCUAUGUUAAACCACAAAAUGGACUCAAGUAAAGGUACAGGGAAGUCUAUUGGAAAGGCUACAGGAAGUACGUCCCAGCUAUCAGGACAGGCUGGGCCGUCCAACACAUUGAGGACUUCAGCCACUUUGUCCAAUCCUUUAUCAUCCAUUCAUAAAAAUGCUAUUCAUCAAACCAUGGUUGCUUUUUCUGCACAGCCUACUGUUAGUACAGAAGCCUGUUUGGAUAACAUGAGCCUGCUCAGUCUCAAAGAUCCAGCCAAGAUGCCCCAUGCUAACCAAAACUUGCAGCGGACUAUGCAGGGUAAUUUUUCCAAAAGUGCAACCGACAAAGGGGAGAACUUCCAGUCUGAUCACGCGGCAAUGCUCAGUAUCCUCCGGAACGAAGGAAUAAGUGCCACAGGUCUGAGAUCUGCAAAUUCACCCUCCAAACCCUAUAACUUUCUGCCCCAGCGAGUGUCUGUCAUGAAGAGUCGACAAAAAGCUGGACCCACUACCGGAUCAAUGAAGUCAAUGCAGUUCUCCCCAGACCACGCUGCACUGCAAAGUAUCCUGCAGAACGAGGGAGUGAAGGGUCGAGGGCCUCUGGGGUCCCCACCCCGAAACUCUGUCUGUCAGUCUGGCAGAGGCACUUCAAUUUACACAGCUCAGAGAGUGCCGGUUCGAAAAACUCGUGCUGAGGCUACCGGAGGACCAGCAGCAGGCGAGGAGAACUGGACUCCACAGAGGGUCCGCAACACCAGGCAUCAGCCCAUGUCUGCUAUGAAAUGUUAUCUGUCGACACAACAGUCAGGGUACACGGGCACUCCCAGGCUGCGGAGCUGCAAAGCCAACCUUCAGCCGCACCAGGAGGAGAUUGUCCAGAGAUUAUUUGAUGAUCAAGAGGACGAGCAAAGCACAAAUGUGUCUGACAAAGAUCCUGAGACACGAGCAGGGCAGCUCCCAGUUCAAGCCACAACUACUAAAUCCCACAGUGAAGAAAAGGCAGAGGCGAGCAGGGUCAGCAGCGGGGAGGAGGAGGUAAAGGAGGAGCAGAGCAUUGUGGGAGGACAGCCGUUCUUCCAAGCAACGCAAAGAGAGUCUGUCAUAUUUUUUUCAACGGGCAAAACCUUGUUAAGAGCUCGACGUUUUGAGAAGCGCCCCGAGCCGCAUGGCCCGGCGCUGCCAGGACAUAAAGAGACGUCCUCUGUGUCAGUGCCAGUCUGUCAGACCAACCCUUCAGUUCACUGUCUGCACAGAGACCUCAUUGUACAGAAGACUUGUGCGCCGAGUCUUGCAGUGGCGAUGCUGCGUAAGCGUCUUCUGUGUCUGGAGGAGCUUCGUAUGGACGAGGAAGUGGCCUCCUACACCUCAGGGUCUGUCCCCGCUGCUCCCGGGUAUCUCCCCCUUGAGCCCCGCUGUGGGAACCCGCUGGCCUCCAUCCUGCACUCCGAAGAGUCCUUUACAUUUGUUCCAAUUGGUUUCAAUCUCCCAUUCGGCCCUUCAACUCCACACAGCUCUCCACUGCAGGAGCGAUGACUUUGCACUACAAGUACUGUAUUUGUUUUACUGUUCAUAUCCAGAGUGGAUAAGUUCAUUCUGGUGUACUGAUAAGACUUUUUUUUUCUUCAAUGGAACUACUUUUGUUUGCCAACACUGUUGUUGCUAGUCUUAAGAAAAGUCCAAGAAACGCUGCUAGAAUAAUAAUUUUUAGAAUCUGUGUUUUUUUUAAACUUAUAAAUGUGUAUGACCGCCCUUGGUAGAUGCUUUCUAAAAUUCAAUGUUAUUUCUGUCAAAUAAUAGGUCUUUUACAUUGAAGGCACUCAUUUGUUUGCAAUGUAGAUUUACGCCUGAUUUAAGCAAUGUUUAUGUAAUGACUCAAAACCUAAAUGUUGGAGAGAGAAUUUUAAAAGGUCAGUGAAGACUCAUCAGUGUUUUAGUAUACAUAUAGACUAAGAUGGCAUCACAACAGAAUAUUCUUGUUUGGAUUGAAAAUGAUUAAUGUACAGUGUUUAUAAUAAAAUAUAUGUGUUACUGUC